UUUGCCUGCACCUAUAUACACUCACCCCACACCGCACCGUAGAAAACUUGACAAAACUUCUCUCUCACACUCACUUUCUCUCUCUAUAACUCUUUCUCACCCGCUAGGGUUUCCUUUUCAUCGCAUCUUGAGUUUGCAACCUCGUCUUGUGAUUUCCAUGGAGGGUGCUGGGAUGGAAGAGAAUAAUAUUAUUAAUGAUGAUGAUAAUAAUAACAAGUCUGAGGCGCAUUUGACUUCUGCCGCUGCUUUUGUGGAGGGUGGAAUUCAGGACGCUUGUGAUGAUGCUUGCAGUAUAUGCCUUGAAGCUUUCUGUGAUAGUGAUCCUUCCACGGUGACGAGCUGCAAGCAUGAGUUUCAUCUUCAGUGCAUUCUCGAAUGGUGUCAAAGAAGCUCCCAGUGCCCCAUGUGUUGGCAGCCUAUCAGUCUCAAAGAUCCAACAAGCCAAGAAUUACUUGAGGCAGUGGAAAGAGAGCGAAACUUUAGGUUCAAUCCAUCUAGAAAUGCCACAAUAUUUCAUCAUCCAACACUGGGGGAUUUUGAGUUACAACAUUUGCCAGUUGGAGCUAGUGACGCUGAUCUUGAAGAGCGUAUAAUCCAACACUUAGCGGCUGCAGCAGCGAUGGGAAGAGCACGCCACAUUGCUAGAAGAGAAGGCCAGAGAAACAGGUCAUCAGCUCAAGGUCGCCCACAUUUUUUGGUUUUUUCAACUAAUCCUAAUUCACCUCCCAUGGCUCCUGCUUCUUCCUCUCCAUCUCAGAGGGGGGAUGAUGAACCAAUUCCUACAAUUGCUGUUGCCAAUCUGUCUCCAACUCCUGCAACUGGAGAAGAAUCAUCACAGCUGACUUUAGUUCCGCCUAUUCAAGCAGAACAGGUGUCUGCUUCAGGAUCUGGAUCUACUGCUCUUGCUACAGAUCAUCAGGGAUCAUCUUACAACAAUAGGAGAUCUCCUAAUCAGUCAUCUCCAAGUAGCCAAGACAGAGCAGGGCCAUCAGAAUUACAAUCAUUUUCAGAAUCUCUGAAAUCUAAACUGAAUGCUGUAUCAACAAGAUACAAGGAGUCAAUUUCCAAGAGCACAAGAGGGUGGAAGGAGAGAUGGUUCUCUCGGAACAACACUAUGUCUGACCUUGGAUCUGAAGUUAGGCGAGAAGUUAAUGCAGGGAUUGCAACUGUGUCACGCAUGAUGGAACGCCUGGAGACCAGCGACAAUAAUAGAAGCAAUAGCAAUUCUGCCCCCAGUAAUAUAGAGGAUGGUUCAGUUCAGGAAUAUAAUGGUCAAACUUUAACACCAGGCAAUGAAGGGGACGGUCUUUUGAGAGACAAUAACACAAAAGCUUCUUGUGCUGCAGGCUCUAGUUCGAACUAGGCAUGUAGAAGGAAUUGCUUGAACUCUGAAUUUGUUUUGUCCAAAAGGUAGAAAUAGAAUUGCCCAUUGGGGAUGUGAAAUUCCAUGGAUGUGAUGCAUUGCCUAUUGGCUGGCGCAGACCAGGCAAGUGAUAAUCCAUUGGCCUGCAGAAGAAGACCAACAAUUGUGAUAUUGGAAAUAAAAAAACUUAAAAAAGGCAGCAGUGGUCUCUUUCGUUUGAAACUUAGGAACCUAUAUAUGAUUGUAUAUUCACAUUGUAAACUUAUUUAUAGAUAUUCCUCAGAUAAUCUUUACAUGAAUUGCUGUGUUUCCUUCUUCUACUUCUAGAGAUAAAUCACUCUUUUUGGA